AUCAAUAUUUUCAGAUAGGAAGAGAAUUUGUUUUUAAACUAGUGAGAUUAGGCAUGUCACUGGGUGAGCGAAAAUGUAUAUAAGACAAGGAUGUGUAUUCACUUUCAUAAGCACAACGGAGCUUCGGCAUUGCCCAGCACCUACAGCAAGAUGAUUAGCUUAGGUGCAUCCCGUAUAGAGCUCAUACCACUUCUGGUUUUUCUCAUCUUCUCAUGCUCCUUGCCAUUAGCAACUAGUGAUGACACCGAUACUGAUCGACAAGCCCUCCUCUGCUUCAAGUCUCAAAUCUCUGAUCCCAGUGGAGCCUUAGUCUCUUGGAGCAACAUAUCCCUUAACUUCUGCAACUGGCAAGGUGUUACGUGCAGCGCACAGAUCCCAUUUCAAGUCAUGGCACUAAACCUGAGCUCUGAAGGUCUUGGUGGCCCAGUACCACCUUGUGUAGGCAACCUGAGUGCCAUUAGAAGCAUUGACUUGUCAAACAAUGCAUUCCGUGGAAGCAUCCCAAAUGAACUUGGGAGCCUGAGCCAAAUCAUCUACCUCAACCUCAGCAUCAACUCACUUGAUGGACAUAUCCCAGCUGAGCUAUCUUCCUGCAGCCAUCUCCAGGUUCUCAGCUUAUGGAAAAACUCCCUUCAAGGUGAGAUCCCACCAAGCUUAACCAAAUGCAUUCAUCUCCAGCAAGUUGCACUAAACAACAAUAAGUUGCAAGGAAGCAUCCCAGCUGGGUUUGGGCUGCUUCGUGAGCUGGAAACUUUGGACCUGUCCAACAAUGCCCUCACAGGCAAUAUACCAUCAUUGCUGGGCAGCAGCCCAUCUCUUGUCUAUCUUGAUCUUGGGGUUAAUCAGCUAACAGGAGGAAUACCAGAGUUCUUGGCAAAUAGCUCAUCUCUUCAACUUCUUAGGCUCAUGCAAAAUAGCCUUACUGGGGAGAUCCCCCCGUCGCUCUUCAACACUUCCACUCUGACUGCCAUUUACCUCCAGAGUAACAAAUUAGUUGGCCCAAUACCAACUGUCACAGCAACUGCUGCACCUAUUAAAAUGCUAAUUCUAGCCCAGAAUAGUCUUACAGGUGAGAUACCAGCCUCACUGGGCAACCUUUCCUCCCUGAUUCGUUUGUCGCUUGCAGUAAAUAACUUGGUUGGAAGCAUUCCAGAAAGCUUAAGUAACAUCCCUUCCCUUGAGAGGCUGAUUCUCACAAUCAACAACUUGUCUGGACCAGUGCCUCAGUCUAUUUUCAACAUGUCUUCUUUGAAAUUUCUAGAAAUGGCCAAUAACUCACUCACCGCACGGCUGCCACAAGACAUUGGCUACAAGCUUCCAAACCUGCAGAGCUUGAUUCUGUCAAAAACACAAUUGAGUGGGGGAAUUCCGGCUUCUCUUGUAAAUGCAUCCAAGCUAGAAAUGAUUUAUCUUGUCAGCACUGGACUCAGUGGGAUAGUGCCAUCCUUUGGGUCCUUACCAAACCUGCAGGAGCUUGAUCUUUCCUACAACCAGCUUGAACCAGGUGAUUGGAGCUUUCUCUCAUCCCUUGCAAACUGUUCUCAACUAAAAUGGCUAUUCUUGGAUGGGAAUGGUAUGCGAGGAAGUUUGCCAAGUUCCAUUGGUAACCUUCCCUCGCAACUGGAGUGGCUAUGGCUCAAUCAAAACAAAUUUACUGGAGGAAUUCCAAUGGAGAUAGGAAACCUUAGGAGCCUCAAAGUGUUGUAUAUGGAUCUGAACCUGUUCAGUGGUAGUAUACCACCUACCAUAGGAAAUUUGAGCAAUUUAUUGGUUCUAAGCUUUGCACAAAAUAACCUUUCUGGAUAUGUUCCGGACUCUAUUGGCAACCUUGAUCAACUAACUGAGUUUUAUCUGGAUGGGAACAACUUCAGUGGGAACAUACCUGAAAGUUUAGGCCAAUGGAGACAAUUACAGAAGUUGAAUGUCUCUCACAAUUCCUUCGACGGAAGCAUCCCAAGUGAGAUCUUCAAUAUCUCAUCACUUUCCCAAAGCUUGGAUUUGUCAAACAAUUUCUUUACUGGGCCCAUACCGAUGGAGAUUGGCAGGCUCAUCAAUCUUGGAAGCAUUAGUAUUUCCAAUAACCGCUUGACUGGUGAUAUUCCAUCUACUCUAGGUAAGUGUGUGCUUUUGGAAUUUCUUCACAUGGAUGGGAAUUUUCUUACAGGAAAUAUUCCAGAAUCUCUCAUGAACUUGAAAAGCAUCAAGGAAAUGGAUCUCUCUAGAAACAAAUUGACAGGGAAAAUUCCAGAGUUCCUCGCCUUGUUGAGUUCUUUGCAGGCACUCAAUCUGUCACUAAAUGAUUUUGAAGGACCAGUACCAUCAAGUGGUAUCUUCAGCAAUUCCAGCAGAGUGUUCCUGAAAGGAAACCACCGGUUAUGUGCAAAUACUUCAGGAUCAAGCCUGCCCCUUUGCCAAGAAUUGGGAUCAAAGGGGGGAAACAAAUCUGUUAUUUUGAAGAUAGUGAUCCCGAUUGCAGUGUCAGCUGUUGUAAUUUUAUUGUUAUGUUCAAUUGUCAUUCUUGUCAGGAGAAGCAAAGAGGAACCAAGUUUGCAGCACUGCAGCGUGCACAUAGAGAAAAUAACAUAUGAAGACAUUGCCAAGGCUACAAAUGGGUUCUCUCAAGUAAACUUGGUUGGCUUGGGAUCCUUCGGUGCUGUUUACAGGGGCAUUUUGCUUUUUGAGGAUGAUCCGGUUGCUAUUAAGGUUUUUAACCUUAACCAGUAUGGAGCACCCAAAAGCUUUGUUUCGGAGUGUGAAGCAUUAAGAACUACUCGCCACCGGAAUCUUGUCAAAGUCAUUACUUUAUGCUCUACAGUUGAUCCUACUGGUUCAGAUUUUAAAGCACUUAUCUUUCAAUAUAUGCCAAAUGGGAGCCUUGAAAGGUGGCUACACCCCAAGGACCAUAGUUAUGACAAGGAAAGAUUCCUUAGUUUGGGGGAAAGGAUUAACAUAUCUCUGGACAUUGCAUAUGCUUUAGAUUAUCUCCAUAACCAAUGUCCAACUCCAAUAAUACAUUGUGACCUGAAGCCGAGCAAUGUUCUUUUAGAUCUUGAAAUGACUGCAUAUGUCAGUGACUUUGGGUUGGCAAGAUUCAUGUGUACUACUUCAACUGCAGUGCCUGCUAAUUCUACAAGUUUCGCCAAUCUCAAAGGAUCCAUUGGAUAUAUUCCACCAGAAUAUGGCAUGGGUGGACCAAUCUCAUCGAAGGGUGAUGUAUACAGCUAUGGAAUUCUUUUGCUAGAGAUGUUCACUGGAAGAUGCCCUACUGAUGAGAAAUUCAAGGAUGGCAUGAGCCUCCGCAGACAUGUGGCAACAAAUUUUCCUGAUGCCAUAGCAGAGAUUUUAGACCCUACUAUGCUACAAAACGACAUAGAUGGUGGAAAUUCGGAAAUAAUACAGAGCUGUGUCCUCCCAAUGCUAAAGUUGGGCCUCUUGUGCUCCAUGGCAUCGCCACGAGAUCGAUUAGGAAUGGGACAAGUUUCUGCUGCAAUAGUCGAUAUCAAACAUGCAUUUCUUGAGCUUUACAGUGGGGGAAUCAGCGUGAGUGAUAUGUAAAUAUAGCCGAUGUAUGCCAUAUGUAAUAAAAUAAAUGUUGUGCACUUAGGUCAGUCGUCUUGUUGGUGCCUAAAUUGGUAAUGUCCGUGGAACACUAGUAUAUAAUUCGGCUCUAUUAUGUAAGGUUACCUUUCAUGCCAUAAUGAAUUGCAGAAGUGAUUGUCCUCUUGACCCUAAAAUGUACAGCACUGAUCCGUGCUUCACUCUCCUCCUAG